AUGUUGGACCAGGACGACGAUGCAGAUUUUGGCAACAAUAAUGAAAAGGCAGAUUUCCAUGGAACUGAGGUUUCUCCACGAAAAGGCAGAAGAGCUGGGGUUGUAAACUCUGGACCUGAUUCCUUAGGAGAUGCUGAUGACCUGUUGUCCUCUCCAUCAAGAUCUGCCACAGUAUCUCCAAAAAAUGAAGCGGUUACCACUGGACCGCCAGCCGGAAGACGUGCGGGAGGUUGGGCAAGUUCAGCUAAAGCAGGGGGAUUUGGACCGCCAGUUGAGGACUCACGUUUCCGCAGAAAUUCUGACUCUGACAAUGACAUGCCAGUAAUCCCUGACUUAGAAGAAGUUGUUGAAGAAGACUUUACACAACAAGUUGCCCAAGCCCCAAGCAUAGCAGUCAACCGUGUAGCCACUUACAAGGAGUUAGAUUCAGACUUAUUACGUCAUGCAGCAUUUUCAACAUUAGAUGACAUUGACUUGAGGAUACUUACCAAUUGUCUUGCAAAUGAAGCUGAUAUUAGAGAGCCUGACAUAGAAUGGAAAUGGGAUACUAUCUUCACUGAGAUUUCUUCAGAAUUGCGGAAUGAAUGGGACCCUAAUGAAGAGUCAAGUGAAACUAAUACUAAGUCUCCAGAAUUAUCAUGAAAAAUUGUAGAAGUAUAUUUAAUGUAUUUGUAGUUUUUUGUUACAUUAAGGAAUACAUAAAGCAAUAUUUCUGAUACAUUGUAUCACAAGUAUAUUCAGCUAAUGUGACUUCAAGGUAGUUUCCACUUUGCAUAAAUAGUGAGCCUAAAAGUGGUAAUUUUCCAAAAUUAAUAUUUAACUUUGUUAUUUUUGUCAGUUGUACUAGAAAUCAUAUACCUAUGUCAGUAAAGUCAGAUGGAGGGAAUAUUCUCCAGCUACCCUCCAAGGUUAUAUUAUAUGCUGUCUUAACCAGAACAUUUUCAUCCUUGCAAACCAUGUGACUAUAUCACCUCAUCCUACUUUUCCUGGCUUUGUCUGUUACUGUACAAACACCCACCCCUUUUUCAUAUUGAUUAACUCUCAAUUCUUUCCAACAGUGACACUCCCAGUAUCCAUCUCAACAUCUCAUCCCUGUCAUUUCCAGAGAAUUAAAUCUUUAUGCUGUCCACAUUUCUUUACCACACAGCAGCACUGGUCUGAUCACUGUUUUGUAGAUCUUAACCCUAUGUCUAAAAAUAAUCUUCACAUCAGAAUCAUCCCUGAAACCUGUCUUCACUUUACCUAAGCUGCAAGCUGCUUCAAUUCUCUGAUGCACUUUCAACUCACAUCCACACUAUUUAUGAUGGAACCCAAGUACAUGAAACUAUUUGUGUGCUUUACUUCCCCUUUUAUAUCUGUGCUGUUUAACAUGUACUUAUGCAUUUUUGCCACAUUUGGGGAGUACACCCCAACCCAGACCAUUAUCUGUUUGACCACAGGAUACCCUGUGUCAAAGAGGCAUGCUUCUUAGGCUUCAUAUUCGACAAAAAACUCAAUUGGCUUCCCCAUCUGAAACAUAUUAAAACCAAAUGCCUUGAGCUUUAAGUAUUUUGAAAGUAUUUUCUAAUACUAACUGGGGUGCAGACAGGCAGACAAUUAUAAAACUUCACAAAUCGCUUAUUAUUUCAAAGUUACUUUAUGGAUGUGAAAUAUAUUCUUCUGCAUCAUCUAAUCAUCUUGCUAUCUUGGAUUCAGUACAUCAUGCCGAUAUACGCUUGGUAACGGGUGCCUUCCGAUCUUCUCCCAUCUUAAAGUUUAUUCAUUGAUGCGGGAGAAAUCCCACUAGAGUUAUAUCGCCAGUCAUCAACUAUCAGGUUUUGGUUUAGGGCUCAGAGAAUCCCCAACUCUAAAGCCUUUGAAGCAGCAAAUAGAAACUCUUUCAACAAAUUUUAUGAAAAUCAUCCAAGGUUUCCUAAGCCUUUUAGUUUUAGAGUAAAAAAGGUCUUGGAAACAAUGAAUAUGUUAAGAAAUCCUGUAUGUCCAGUUACUUUACCAACUACCCCAGCAUGGAAAUUACCUGUAAUUAAAUUUUAUAAAUAUUUUAAAGGUGUUAAAAGAGAGAAAUCAGAUGCAGAAAUCAGAGCAUUAUUUUUAGAACAUACUGCAGAGCACUCAGGCUUUACAUUUGUUUUUACCGAUGGCUCUAAAACUGAUGAUGGGGUCGGAUAUGGAGUUUUUAGUGAUGAUUUUAGCUACAGAGGAGCACUACCCAUUAUAGCAUCGAACUUCACAGCAGAACUGUAUGGAAUUUUAACAGCAUUGGAACAAAUUGCAACCCUCCAGAAUUCCACUAAUAUCACCAUCUUUUGUGAUUCCGAAAGUGCAUUACAGGCACUUGAAGUUUUCAAUACUGACCAUCCAAUUACAUCAAAAAUCUCACAGUGGGUAUUUCUACAUCAGCGUAGAGUGAUUACUAUAUCGUUUUGCUGGGCCCCGGCGCACGUAAAUAUGCAUGGAAAUGAAAAAGCAGACCAACUAGCUAAAUCAGCAGCAACCAAUAUGAUACCAAGACCAAUUGCUGUACCAUAUAGAGACUCUUUUUUCUCAUAUAUCAAAGUUCAUUGCAAGAUUAUGGAAACAGCAAUGGAACGAAGUAGGACCAAAUAAAAUGAAAGAGUUUGCCACACAUACACACCCUUGGAAAUAUGUAUGUAUGCCUAGGAAAUGGGAAGUAACGAUAUGCCGCCUCGGUAUAGGACAUACGAGAUUGACUCAUGGGUAUCUCAUGAGCGGUGAAUACCAACCUUACUGUGAUGACUGCCUCAUCCCGAUGACUAUUAAGCAUUUGCUAGUUGAAUGUCCUAGUCAUCGGGAACUGAGAGAGCAGCACUUUAAAGACAAAAGAAAUAGAGAUGGUAAUUACAGUUUGGCAAAGAUAUUGGGUGAAGAAGCGCAGUAUGAUUAUGAGUGUGUUGUUGAGUUUUUCAAAGAAGUUGCAGUUUUUAACAAAAUUUAGGUAUCUUGCUUUUAUGUAUGUGUGUAGAUUUUAGCUUUGGUUUUUUAGAACGUAUGUAUGGAAACGUGAGUAAAUGUAUUUAUUGCCUGUUUGUGUUCUAGUAUGAAUGUCUCUGCCUCUGUGCAGUUUUUUUUUAAAUGUUUGUUAUACUGCAUGACCUAUUUGGUCCCAGUUCCUGGCCUUUGGCCUAGACCGUAUAUUUUAUUCAAUCCUUCAGGCCAGCCUUAUGAGAGCUGAAAGUCAACUCGGUGGCCUGGUUAAACUAUUUUUAUAAUAAUAAUAAUAAUAAUUUAGCUUUUGUGUUGUUUAGUGUUUAUGUAGCGGCUUUGUGCUAGCUGUAGUGCAAUAACUGAUGUGGAAUUUUAAGAGUUUUUUAUGAUUGUGUGUGUAUUUUCCCUAAAUUUGGUGCCCAAAUGGAUUCGUUCGGCGUCAAUGAUCCUGGUAGUCACGACGCCAGAUAAUUAUUAAUUAUUCAUUCAUUCAUUAACAUGUACUUCAGUUUUUCUAGCACUGAAUUUGGGUCCUCUUUGCAGGCACUCCUGCAAAGCCAUAUACCUCUCUUGCAGUUCUCCUUUGUGUUUCUACUGUUACAACCAGGUCAUCUGCACAAAGCAUAUCGUAAAGCAUAUUUCCUCUCACGUACUCAUCCAGCCCCUCUGUUAUGACUACAAAGAGGAAUAGGUUUAAAGUUGAUCCUUGAUGUAACCCAACCUUAACUUAAAAGCAUCUUUCCUCUUGUAUUGUGCCCUUAAUACUGUUCUUACUCCUUUAUAUAUUACCUUUGUCAUGCUUUCUUGUGCAGACUCCAGUUAACCACUCCUCUGGUUACUCUUGUCAGAAGUAUUUUCUAGGUUUAAAAAAUUCCAGUAUAGCUUCUGUCAGCUUCCAAAAUUUUUUAGCACUUGCCUUACAAUAAAAAGGACAUCUGUUGUGUGUUUCCCAGGCAUAAGUCCCAACUGUUUUUCAUGGAUGUCAGCAAUUUUCAACUGUGUUUUUUAUCAGUCUUUCCAGAUGCUUUUUAGUGUAAAUCCCAUAAGCUUUAUUCCUCUAUAAUUUCAGCAUUCCAUAACAUCACCCUUUUGCUCAUAGAUAUACUACAGUGCGCUGAUUCACUUGCCUCCCAGCACAUUAACACUUCCCAUGACCAUUCUAUACAUUCCUCAUCCAGCGCUCUUAUUAUUUCUAUGUCUACUCUGUUGUUACACCUGCUUUCUUCAUAUUCUGGUGGCAUCCCUCACAAGUAUCUUGCUGAAUGCUUCUAGGUAGUGCAUAUUCUUUCUAUCUUCUCACUACAUCCUCAUCCUUCAAUAGUAUGUUAUGCUGUAAUUUUGUUAUUUUUCUACUUUAUAUAAUUGUACUCCGCCAUAAUUCUUUUUGCUCUCUCCUUGGCCCUAGAUAUCCUAUAAAUUAUUUGUUCUCCUUUUGGGAUCCUUAGUUUCUCAUAGUGUUUUGCUACUCAUGUGUAGACUAUGCCACAAACCUUUAACUUUUUAUUGGUGUCACUGGAUCUCUUUCUUGUUCUUACAUCCCCAAGAUUUUUUUCUGAAGCUUUAUAUGUGCAUUUCUUUUAUUGUUUCUCCACUUGCCAACCCACAAAUGUCAGUUGUUACUGUCAUCACCUUCCUGCGUCCUUUCUGUUUGCCAAACUUCUCAUCAUUCAGCAAUUUUGAAUUUAUGUUCCAAUUUCUUUUCAUUCUUCAGUUCCAUAUAUUAAUUUUCAUCACCUUUCUCAUUCUUAAAUCCAUUACUAACAACUUGUGCUAUAUCAUUACACACACUUCAUGAUGUUCCUCCUAUUUUUUUACUGCCUGCUUUUAUAUGUUACAAGGUGAUGUUUCCUCUUUGAGAAGCCUCCUUCCAGUUGGGAAUCCUAGGCUUGCAGCUGGUACAGCAGUUAUCUGAAGGUCAAUUGAGUAUAACCAAUUUGAAGACAAACUUGAAUUUCUUUAGCAUGUCAUUUUUGAUAGUGAUGCACACCAUAAUCCUGUUUUUAUUUAAAUCUAAUGUAACUUCCUAUCUGUUUAAUCUUUUUAUAGAGCUUGCCAUAUAUUCAUGACAGAAUGAUACUUGAACUAUUAUCCUUCUUCCAAAGGUUUUUCAAAACUAACUUACUUAAAUAUGGAAAGAAAUUACUACUUUAGUACUUCAGUUUAUAUUUCCUUUCAAACAUGCGAUAUUUGCCAAUUUGUUUUGAAAUGCAUGUUUUGAGAGAGUAAAUUGUAGGUGUAAUUGAUAGCACCAGUUAAUUACUUUUCCUGUUGUAGCAUUUUCUAUACCUAUAUUCAGUAGUAUUAGUAUAAGCACAGUAAGAAAAUAUUAAUCACUAGCUAAAUAGUCAUCACUAGCUGUUUUACCUGUCAUGUUAGCUAUACUUGGUGCCAGUUGCUUAAGCUAUUUUGCGUUAUAACUUUAACAUUUUAUCCUGUUGUCCUUCUCUUACCACUGGCUCAUUGGUUUUGAUUAUUUAAGUUUACAGGUUUUAUGUUGUAAACUGUAAACUUUUUAUUUGAUUCAUUGGUGGUGAAUCGGUUGGCUAUGAGUCAUGACAGUUUUUACCUGAUUUUUUUUUUCAGUAAAUUUUGAAAGUUCUCUCAUUUAAUUGCAUUUUAUAAAAAUAACUGUUUAUGAGUUCACUGAUUGUUUCCUCAACAGUUGAAAAUAGUUUGGCUGCUGUAACAGCAGUUACGGUAAAUUAUGGAAGCCGGAAGUCAAGUGCCUUGAUUUUUUUUGGCAAGAGAGAUUACAGUGUGUAUAUUGUGGUGGUUUUUAAAUUGCAAAUUUGUUUACAUGUAGCAAUUUUAAAAAAUUGUUUCAUUAGAAUACUUCUUGGGUAUUUAUAGAAUGUGAAAAUUUUGACAGUUCUUUGAGUAAUUUCACCUUUAAUUUCAUAAUUUACAUAGCAGAGUUAAAUAUAAAUUUUUAACUAUACAUAUAUAUUUUGCACAAAUUGUAUUCACAUUUAACAUAUUUUAAUAUGAAAUAAAACAAUAAAGUACAGUAUUAAUUAAUCAAAUUUAUGGCAUUCAUUUUGUCCUUGGAUUUUUCCAGCAAGUUAUUGUGAUUUUUGAGGUUCCAUUUAUAAUUUUGUUCCAGUGUCUUUUUAGUAGUUGAUAAUCCCUUUGUUAUGUAUAAGCAUCAUCCACAGGUAGUUGUGUCUGUUUUACUUGUUUUUGGCCUUUCAAUCCAGAGGUUUAAUUAAUGAACUGUACAGAUAUUUUGCUCUUAUUAUAGUCCUCUUACAAUAUUCAUAUUAACUUCAGUUUAAGAAUGUCAUGCAUAGUACAAAAUUAGUGCCUGAAUCUCAGUGUAUUUGUAGCAUGACCUGAACUUAAUGUACAAUUCAAAGGUGUGGUCUCUAAAUAAUCAAUGAAAUUCAGUAAGUAACAAGGACACAGUAGCCUAACCUAAAAAAAUACCCACAAAGUAGGUAUAGCAUUUGUGUGAAUAUGUCUUAUUAUUUCUUCGGCUCUUAUGCAUUAUUAUUUUGAUUAAAAAGUAUGUAUACUGUGUUAUGCUAUAUAGUGGUUUGCAUAUUUACCUCAGGUUGGUGAACGAUUUGUAAUUGCCUAAGCUCAAGUAAUUUUAGAUAUGGGUCUGAUAGUGAGGAUUUUAUCAAUGUUCAUACUAUCCCAUAACAGAUUAAAGAUAUGGAUAUUUAAUAUAAAGAUACCAAAGUUUGAGUACAAAACAGUAGCUAAUCAUUCAGUGCAAAAUCAGCAGACAAUUGCAGAUAUUACUGUACACACUCACAUGAAGUGCAUAUGGUACUUUGGCUGCCUUAUCAGUGUUUUUACUUCCUUUAAUGCCUAUAUGGGCAGAAUUCCAAAUUACUUAUACAUUUUUACUAUCUUUGCUUGAUAUAUGAAGUAAAAGUUAAUUUAUUAUGCAUUAUUUGAAGUAGUUCAGUAGCACUUCUAGUGUCACAACAAGUGUUCUAUUGCAUGCUGUUCAUGUGUUUGGGUAUAUGCAUAAUUUUUAGAUAAAUAUUUCUAGUAUCCAUAAGGUUGUAUCUUAUGCAUAGUCCAAGGAGGACGUACUUUUUUACUGAGUAAAUUUCAUGUUGAUAAUUGUUGACUCAAACAGUCAAUUGGCUCUAACUGGGAAAGGUGGUGGGUGAUUGUUUAUAAAUUUAUUUGAUAAAAAAGUUUUAUUGGAGUGAAUCUUACUUAUUGUUCAAGUUAGCUUACAUCUUACACUGUUAGGUGCAAUCAGUUCAAAAUAAACAAAAGAAUAAUACUUAGCUAACCCACAAGAA